AUGAUGGUGGCCUCCAUGAUCACCAUGGCCAACCUGUAUCUCUUCCCGCUUCUCGAAAGUGGCACUAUUUUCGUUUUCCUUUGAAAUAAACCGUAUUUAGUAUCUACUCUUCACUACAAGCCGCAGGCGGAAAAUUGCAAUGGACUUUGCGCAGUCGAGGAACCUUGCAUCAUCAAUGGAACGCUGCUGGGGGAGCGUUUCGGCAAUGUGAGAGACUAUAAAAAACUAGAAAAAUUAAAUUACACACUUUAGGUGCUGGACAGUCUCACGCUGCCCUUCGGGGCAAUCGCCUCGUCUCUCCAAUUCAUAAUGCUCAUGAGAAUUUUUGGUGCCAAAUUCCCUACUUCCACUCUCACUUUCUUCUGCCUUGCCGUCCUCCCCACCCGAUUCAUUUUCAUGAUGAUGCAGACAUACGAGUUCAAGAGCAUUGGAGGAGGUAAUUCCCACCGAGUUUCGGUGAAAUAAAUGAGCAAAAUCACAGAUUUGUACGUCGAGCUGAUAUCGAACCCCCACAACUUCCAAUGCAAUCUCUUCUCUGGAUUUCUGGACGCGGUUUUCCUCCUUCACGUCAGAUUCUUCUUCCUCGUCACCGAUUUUGUCACCUUCCACACAAUGCUUGUGGUGGUCCCUUUGUACUUUGGCCAGGAAGAUUUCCGCUCAAACUACAAAAAUACCGAUCUCACGGACACCCUGAUCAAGCACUGA